CAGGAGAUGCAACAGGAUUCUGUUCUGGUGGCAGACAGAGCGAUGGAGCCUGUACAGCAGCUUCAGCCCAAGGAGCAGGGAGUGCAUUUCUGAGACAGAUACAGAAUACAAUGGACCAGAAAGGGCAAUUUUUCGAGAAUGUUUGGGGCAGAUGUGUGCUGGACGACACGGGGCUGAGCGUCUCUGCCAGCAGCAGGAAAGCUGUGCACAUCCCCUGCAGGAUCCUCUGUCACCACCCAGCUGAUGAGUUUUUGUCUAUGCCCGGGUUCGUGGCAAUAGGAAAGAGAAGCGCAGAAGCUCCACCGAUUUGAGGUGAAUCAAUGCAAUAAAAAACGUGCAACAAAUUUGGAAAAAAGAGGAGAAAGAGAACAAUGGACAUUCAACAACACCUCUAAACCUGGUGCCGGCGUAACCUUACGUGAGUGCCAUCUGUCUGAGCUCAGAAGGAGCAGAGCACAGGCAGUGUUUACAAGACCACAGCAAACUCUGAUUCCUCACGUGGAGCAGGGAAACCCAGAUGUGAGCUCUGAGGGGCGUUACUGAGAAGGCACAGGAACCACAGAAUCACAGAUUCAUUAUGGUGGGAAAAAGAUGAUGUGCAAGAUUGCAAACAGCUAAGCAAGGGAAAGGAAGGAUUCUCCACCCUCUGUGAAAAGCUAUGGAUUAUGUUAUGAAUACAUAUGCGUCUCUAUGCAAUAGGGGAUCUCUUUCCCCGCUGGCUACAUGAUGCAUCAAGGAAUCUGAAGCUGGGAUCAAGGGAAGCCAGGGAUUUCUGUCCAUUCUCUGAGAUUCGGAGAGACACAGCUUAUCACUGAUAGCCAUGUUUAUGAAAGCGGUGAGUAAUUCAGAUGAGAAGGGGAGGUUUUCUUUUGAAACCUUUCCAUUCACGGAAUUGCAAUGAGGAACGCUAGUCUCACCUUAAUGGAUCCAACCACAUCGCUAGAGAGUCAGAAAACCACUCAGGCCUGGCGUCUUGUCUGCUGAAUGCUACACCAAAGAAAGCAGCAAACGAAGGUGCCGUACUAUCCCACUGACGUCUCCCCAUCGAGAAGAGCUGUCAUUUUUUCUCCAAGUAAGCGCAGGUACCAGGAGCAUGGCAGGGGGAAACCACUCCAGCGUGACCGAGUUUGUCCUCCUGGGCUUCACCACCCUGCAGGAGCUGCUCUUUGGGAUUUUCUUCCUCAUCUACAUCACCACUCUGGUAGGCAACCUUGGGAUGAUCGUCCUCAUCAGGACCGACCCUCAUCUUCACACCCCCAUGUACUUCUUCCUCAGCCACCUCUCCUUCCUGGAUGUCUGCUACUCUUCAACCAUAACUCCAAAGCUCCUGCUGGGCCUCCUCGCUGAGAGGAAAGUCAUUUCUUUCCGCGGCUGCCUCACGCAGUUGUUUUUCUAUUCAGUAUUCAUCACCACGGAAGCCUUCUUUCUGACCAUCAUGGCCUAUGACCGCUGCGUGGCCAUCCACCGGCCCCUGCGCUACUUGGUUGUCAUGUCCCACAGGGUCUGCAUCCAUCUGGUGGUGGGCUCCUACGUGGCCGGCAGCCUGAACGCCUUGGUGCACACCACAGCUCUCCUCCAACUGUCCUUCUGCGGCCCAAACGUGCUCAAGCAUUUCUACUGUGAAAUCCCACCACUCCUGCGGCUCUCAUGCUCUGUCACCUGGCUCAACGAGGUCUUGAUGCUCUCGUGUGCCGGCUUCAUCAUCGCCUCCUUCGCCUUGGCCGUCCUCAUCUCCUACACCCUCAUCCUGCUCACCGUCUGCAGCAUCCGCUCCGCUGCGGGCAGGCACAAAGCCUUCUUCACCUGCGCCUCCCACCUCACCGCUGUCACGCUCUUCUGCAGCUCCGCAGCUUUCUUGUACCUCCACCCCCUUUCCAGGCGCGCAGAAGAAGAAAGGAAAACGGCCUCCAUCUUCUACACCGUGGUGACCCCCAUGCUCAACCCCUUCAUCUACAGCCUGAGGAACGCGGAGGUGAGGAGCGCCCUGAGCAGAGCCCUGAGGAAGGCCCCCUCCUGCGUCCAUUGUCAGUGCUCUCCCUCCAACUGAAUUCUAACGUCACCAUGGACUGUGCAGAGGAAAUGUGUUGGACACCUGAUGGAACUGGUUGGGCUGGGCGCUGUGGGGGUGAUGCUUUUCCAAGGGCUGUGUCCAGUGAAGAAUGAACGACCUGUAAUUUUGAUUUUUGGUAGGAGGAAGGAAAGAAGGAAUAGCAGUCGUAAAAACACUUCCGUUGCUGGUGAAUC